AUGGCCUUUCCCGGCCUGCCCUUUCAACCCACUGAACGCACCUUUGUCCACCGUGCGCAGGUGCAGCAGACGGUACCAACGGCAGCCUCUGUAGAUGCAGAGGCCUCGGCCAUCACACACGAUGGCUUUGAUGCCCUCGUGGUGGCCAAUGGUCACUAUGCCAAGCCUCGCAUGCCCCAUAUACCGGGCUUGGAGAACUUUACCGGCCACGUUUUGCACAGUCACAAUUACCGCUUUCCAGAGCCCCAUGCCGGCCGCAACGUGGUGGUGCUGGGCGGUGGUCAGAGCGGGCGUGACAUUGCUCAGGAGCUUCACGGCGUGGCUGCCAGCGUUGUCCUGGCCCAUGCCACCCCGCGCAUCAACGUUCCUGAGCUCCGCGAAACCGCUCCCAUUACCACCGUGGCCAAAGAUGGGACCCUUGUCACAAGCGAUGGACUGCACCUCGAGGCCGACACUCUCAUCUUGGCCACGGGUUACCAUUUUGAUUUUCCGUUCUUGGACCUUGGUGCACAUGGCCUGGAAUCCGUGCCCCCACGUCGGAUUCGCGGCCUUUAUCAGCACAUGCUCGCCAUCCACGAGCCCACGCUGGCUUUGGUCGGCCUCCCUUACAAGAUUGUGCCAUUUCCCCUUUUUGAUCGACAGGGUCUCUGGCUCAAAGCCCUCUGGGCUGAUCGCACGCUCCAGCUGCCUUCGAUCGAAGAAAUGCAGGCCGUCGAUGAACAGCUGGUCGAGGCUGCCGAUGGUGACGAACAGGCAGUUGUCGUCCUCAGCGCCCGCCAAUGGGCCUAUAAUAGCCGGCUCUCUUCCGAAGCACGGGCGGAGCCUCUUGAGCCCUGGCGUCGCGAGGUGUACGAAGCAAACAACGCUCAACGCAAGCGCAUGCCGUGGCAGUACAAGCUAAACGAAUUUGAUAUUGAUUUUUCCACCGGAGACUGGCUGGGCCGCUAUGCAGACGGUGCUACUGAAAGCCGCGCACAAUUCUUGGCCCAAUCCACCAGUGCCCCCAGUCCCCCAGCAUCAUCUCAGUAG